AUGAAUGCUCACAACGGCAUAGGCCACUUGCGAAGGCUAUGGCGCAGGUUCCACGUAGAGCCUAUGCAGAAGUAUAAAUCAGCCUUAACGGUUAGCGUCAUGCCGAAGAGAAAGAUCAGACAGAGACCAGGGAAAGCACUGGAAUGGAUUGGGAGACAGUGGACAGUGACUCUGCUAAAUUCUGCUAUUUAUGCAGAGGCUCUGAAAGACCAGUUCACUCUGAGUCAAGAUGGCUCCAUAAGUACACAGUACACAGAGGCCAAGGUUGGUGGCACCAUCUUCCCACAUAAGAACAUCCAUAAACUCGCUUGGAGGUCACCUGAUGGUCUUACAACUAACCAGAUCGACCACAUCUUAAUCAACGGGAAGUGGCGAAGGUCUCUCCAAGAUGUUAGAGCUUGUCGUGGUGCGGAUGUCAACAGUGACCACUAUCUGGUGACAGCUAACAUCAAGCUGAAACUCCAGAAAGCAAAACAGCAGGGUCAACGCAGGAGACAACUUGACAUCGGCAAACUGAAAUGCCAGAAUAUCAGCAAACAGUUUGUGCUGGAGCUGAGAAAUUGCUUUGGUGCUCUUGAUACUUUGGCUGAUUCAACUGAUGAGGACCCUGAUAUUCACACCAAAUGGGAAACCAUCAAGAACACCUAUGGUGAGACAGCAACCAAGGUCCUGGGCUACAGAGAAAAGACGAACAAGGAGUGGCUGACACCUGGCACUUGGCAGAAAAUAGAACAAAGAAAACAACUCAAGGCCAAGAUGCUGAACAAGUCCAGGAAGCCUAUAAGACCAAAGAUAAGCAGGGUUAAAACAACAAAGAAUGGAAAAGCUGCAGGCAUUGACUCCAUUCAUGCUGAGAUGCUGAAGGCUGACCUCGACACCUCGGUCAAGGUUCUCACUGAUCUGUUCAGGAACAUCUGGGACAGAAAUGUCAUUCCUGAGGACUGGGCAAAAAGUCUGAUUGCCAAAAUUCCAAAGAAAGGCAAUCUACAAAAUUGCAAAAACUGCCAAGGCAUCACAUUGCUGUCCAUACCAUCCAAGGUCUUUUGCAGAGUUUUGCUGGGCAGAAUUGACAUGGCAAUUGACACCAAACUGAGGCAGGAACAGGCAGGCUUCAGGAGAGGAAGAGGGUGCACAGACCAGAUCUUUGCUCUAAGGAACAUCAUUGAGCAAUGCCUGGAGUGGAACAAUCCAGUACUCAUCAACUUCAUUGACUUCCAGAAAGCUUUUGACAGCUUACACCGUGACACCCUGUGGAAGAUCGUGCAAUCAUAUGGAGUUCCCCCAAAGAUGACCACAUUGAUGAAGAUGUUUUACAAUCAAUUUGAGUGCAGUGUCAUCAUAAAUGGCAACCUUACUGAUUGGUUCUCCGUGGAAUCUGGUGUACGCCAGGGAUGCAUCAUCUCCCCGAUACUCUUCCUGUUUGCCAUUGACUGGACCAUGCAAAAGACCACUUCAGACAAGCCCAGAGGCAUCCAGUGGACUCUCUUUACCCAGCUAGAAGACCUUGAUUCUGCUGAUGACCUGGCUAUUCUCUCCACAAAUCACACUCACCUGCAAGAGAAAACAGACAGGACUAACAGAUGUGCCAGACAGCUGGGUUUGAAUAUUAAUAUCUUCAAAACUCAAGUGAUGUGCAUAAACUCAACACCACAUGCACCAAUCACUGUGGACAGUAACCCUCUCGAAUAUGUCGAGGACUUUACGUAUCUGAGAAGUCUCCUCAGUAAAGACAAUGCAUGCAGCAAAGACAUCAGUAUAAGGCUCGGGAAAGCUCGCAGUGCAUUCGCAAGACUCCAAACUAUCUGGAAAGCAGUACAGCCUAAAAACCAAGAUCCGACUGUACAACAGUAA